UUAGAAAACGCUUUAUUGUAAAACACUCCCUCAAAGUCUCCAAACGUCAUUUUCCGAACCACACCACAAACGCCAAAAACUUUGGAAGGCCUUCUCCUCUUCCAUGCCCUCCCGCGUCUACCCUAUCCUCCGCCAUCUCCGCCUCUCCUCCCCGGAGACGCGUACAAUGUCACGCAACGAUCUCCUCCUCCAUGCGCGUCUCCCUCAAUCCUUCGGUGGCUUCAGCUCCUUCCGCUCCUUUCCCAGAGGCGCUGUUGUGAGCUUCGCGAAUCGUCUCGAUGUUUCUUGGCCUUCGCCGCCGUCGUUGUUCGGACGGAGAUUCCAUUCAUUUUCCAUCAGAGGAGGAAUAGAAUGGAAGACCCCAGUGCCUGUAGGUCGGGUGUUUGCGCAGAGGAGAGAGUACAGGAAGGUGAGAAGGAGAUUGCCGAAGAAGAAGCAGGCCGAGUUGGAGCUCAGCGUCAGCAUAUGCAUCGAGGAACAGUUGCCGGAUGACCCCGACAUUCUGGGUAUUGCAGAAAUGCUCCGUCUCAAUGUCCCAACAGCAAUGAAGUUAGCUCUCGAUCGGCUAAAAGAUUCUGAGUAUAAAACACGAGAAACUGCCAUAGGAGAUGUCGGGGGAUUUGAAAGUGUGGAAUUAUCCGUCAUGCUUUGUAAUGAUGAGUUUAUCUGUAAGCUGAACAAAGAGUGGAGGGAUGAAGAUCAUGCUACAGAUGUGCUUUCCAUGUCACAACAUAUUCCCGAACUGAAGCUUCCAGUGCUUAUGAUGGGAGAUAUUGUCAUUUCUGUUGAUACGGCUGCAAGGCAGGCAGAGGAAAGGGGACACACUCUUCUUGAUGAGAUACGAAUCCUUGUGAUUCAUGGGUUGUUACACCUGUUGGGAUUCGAUCACGAGAUCAGUGAAGAGGCUGAGAAUGAGAUGGAGGAGGAGGAGGAGUUGCUGCUAAAGAACCUUGGGUGGAAAGGGAAAGGACUCAUUCAGAGUGCAUAUGAUUCAGAAAAUUCUGCUAAACCUCAGCUAGAAAAUACAAUAGACAGGACGAAAGGGGGCAGUUUAAGAUUCUACAACCCGAAGUUCAGAUAUAUAUUCUCUGAUAUGGAUGGCACACUGCUUAACAGCAAAAGUCAAAUUUCAGAGACUAAUGUAAAAGCUCUAAAAGAAGCCAUGUCUAGGGGGCUAAAAGUUGUGAUCGCUACCGGAAAGACUCGUCCAAGUGUGAUUAGUAUCUUGGAAAAGGUUGAUCUAGCUGGUCACAAUGGCAUUGUUUCGGAGUUAUCUCCAGGUGUUUUUGUACAGGGUCUACUUGUCUACGGUAGACAGGGGAGGGAAGUUUUUAGAGGAAACUUGGAUCCAAGCGUCUGCAAAGAGGCGUGCCUUUACUCUCUAGAUCAUGGAAUUCCUAUCAUCGCAUUCAGCCAAGGUCGUUGCUUGACACUAUUUGAACACCCGCUCGUUGAUUCUCUUCACACCAUAUAUAAAGAGCCAAAGGCUGAGAUCAUGUCAUCGGCGGAGCAGCUCAUAGGUGCUGCCGACAUUCAGAAGGUGAUUUUUUUGGACACAGCCGAGGGUGUAUCUUCCGUUAUCCGUCCAUAUUGGUCGGAAGCAACAAGAGACCGUGCCAGCGUCAUUCAAGCACAGGCAGACAUGCUUGAGGUUGUCCCCCUAGGAACCUCUAAAGGAAAUGGCGUAAAACUCUUACUGGAUCAUUUGGGUGUUUCUCCAAACGAGAUAAUGGCGAUAGGGGACGGGGAAAACGACAUUGAGAUGCUCGAGAUGGCGGCUCUCGGGAUCGCUCUAAGCAACGGGUCCGAGAAUACAAAGGCCGUGGCCAAUGUGGUUGGCCUCAGCAACGAUGAAGAUGGUGUUGCUGAUGCCAUUUACAGGUAUGCCUUCUGAGACAACAUCAAGAACAAGAGAGAGGAGCACAACGUUUCUCCUAUUUUAAUUUAACAUUAAACAUCUUCGAAGAGAAAUGAGAAUUGAUUUUUUUGGUCUAAUUAAAGUAAACCAAAAUUGAUGUUUCGAGAGAACAUGACAGGAUUGAGGCCGGUUAUUUCCGGUACAGGUAACUGUGCAUCUCGUUAUUCAUUCUGUUGGUAUGUUAGUUUAAAUGCCUGACAAUUUUUUUA